CCGCCUGUUCGCGCUGGUGCAUGCCUCAGAUACGAUUCAACCUGCGAGGACCCAGUGCGCGAACUGCUCUGACUGCAACACCACCCCGCCGCAUACCGGGCCACCCUCCCGCACCAAUCACUGCCCCACUACGACAUCCCUCGAGAGCGCAACUGGUCAAGUUCCACACUUCGGUCCUCAGAAUGGCCACACAGAACACAUCCGGUGCCGGCGACGGGCUGAAGCUCACAAACCGCCUCAAUGAGAGCCGCUCACCGUACGUGCGCGGGCACAUGAACAACCCAGUCGCAUGGCAGCAGUGGGGUCCGGAAGCGCUGGAGCUGGCGAAGAAGUCGAACCGCCUCAUCUUCAUCAGUAUAGGAUACGCAGCCUGCCAUUGGUGUCAUGUUAUGGAGCGCGAGUCGUUCGAGAACAGCGAAGUUGCCCAGCUACUCAACGACCACUUCAUUCCCAUCAAGAUCGACCGCGAAGAGCGCCCCGACGUCGACCGCAUAUACAUGAACUACGUCCAGGCCACGACUGGAAGUGGUGGGUGGCCGCUGAAUGCUUUCAUCACCCCAGCCCUGCAGCCCAUCUUUGGUGGAACAUACUGGCCGGGUCCAGGGUCGACGAUGGGAGGCGACCACAUUGGCUUUGUUGGUAUCUUGGAGAGGAUCAGGGACGUGUGGCAGAACCAGCGCCAGCGUUGUCUUGACUCUGCAAAAGAGAUCACUACGCAGUUGAGGGAGUUCACUGAGGACGGCAACAUCAGCAGAAAGGACGGCGCGGACCACGAUGCACUCGACCUCGAUCUGCUGGAAGAAGCGUACCAGUACUUCCAGAACAAGUACGAUACAGACUACGCUGGCUUCGGUAGCGCACCGAAGUUCCCUACCCCGUCGAACCUCGCCUUCCUUCUCAAGCUGUCGCAGUACCCGCGCGCGGUCGCCGAUGUCGUGGGACUGAGAGAAUGCACACAAGCAAAGGACAUGGUUCUAGCUACGCUGGAUGCUAUGAACAAGGGCGGCAUACACGAUCAGAUUGGCAAUGGAUUCGCGCGAUACUCAGUCACGCGAGACUGGAGCUUGCCGCAUUUCGAGAAGAUGCUGUAUGACCAGACGCAGCUACUACCCGUCUACCUCGACGCCUACCUCAUGACCAAGAGCGCCGAGCAUCUCUCCGCCGUCCACGAUAUCGCGACAUACCUCACCUCACCACCACUACACUCGCAGUCUGGAGGCUUCUUCUCCUCUGAGGACGCCGACUCGCUGUAUCGAUCGUCUGAUAAGGAGAAGCGCGAGGGUGCUUUCUAUGUGUGGACACUCAACGAGUUCCAAGAUAUCCUGGGCGAGCGAAAUGCCGAGAUUCUGGCGCGGUACUACAACGUCAAGGACGAGGGCAAUGUUGCCCCUGAACACGACGCGCACGAUGAGCUCAUCAACCAGAAUGUGCUUGAAAUCACAAUGACCCCAGCAGAACUGGCGAAACAGUUUGCCCUGUCAGAAGAGGAAGUAGGACAGAUAUUGUCAGAAGGGCGGCAGAAGCUGCGCGACCACCGAGAGAAGGAACGCCCACGACCAGCUCUCGACGACAAGAUUGUAGUCUCCUGGAACGGUCUCGCAAUUGGCGCACUUGCACGUACAGCCGCCGCACUCGCAUCACAAGACGCCUCACGAUCACAGCACUACCUCGCUGCUGCGGAGCAAGCAGCCGCCUUCAUCAGCCGCGAACUCUACAACGCCUCCUCCAAGACACUGACACGCGUCUACCGCGAGGGCCCAGGUGAAGCACCCGGUUUCGCAGAUGACUACGCCUACCUCAUCUCUGGUCUUAUCUCCCUCUACGAAGCGACUUUCAACGAGUCAUACCUACAAUGGGCCGACGAGCUACAGCAGACUCAAAUCAAGCUGUUCUGGGACAAAGAGCACCUCGGCUUCUUCUCAACACCAGAGAACCAACAAGAUCUGCUUAUGCGGUUAAAGGACGGUAUGGACAACGCCGAGCCCGGCACCAACGGCGUGAGUGCACAAAACCUAGACAGACUAGGUGCUUUGCUCGAGGAUGAGAACUAUGUAAAGCUGGCGAGAAGUACAGCAAGUGCAUUCGAAGCAGAGGUCAUGCAGCAUCCUUUCCUAUUCCCGAGUCUGAUGGACGCGGUCGUUGCAGGGAAGAUGGGAGUCAGACAUGUUGUCAUUACUGGCGAGGGUCAGAGAGUCGAGGAGUGGUUGAGGAGAUACCGUGAGCGACCGGCCGGUCUGGGUACAAUCAGCAGAGUGCGUACCCAAGGUGGAGAGUGGCUGAAGCAGAGGAACGAACUGGUCAAGAGUAUGGAUGCAAGCAGAGAAGGCGUUAUGCUCUGCGAGAACGGCAGCUGCAGAGAUGAGCUGGUAAUGGAUAUGGGCGGCAUUGGCGAGGCAGUAUCAGAAGUGAGGUAGAAGAGUUGACGGAUUGGACGAAGCUGAUGAUUGCACGUAUGAAUGCAUGCAUGAAAUGACAAG